GCAUCAUCGUACAACCCACGGCUUUGAACGUUCCGCAUGGUGUCGAUAUCCCUCCAACGCAUAAAAGGACAUCGCUGGAGCUCUGUGGCCACCAGUGAUUCAUCCAGACUCACAAAGGCAGCCUCUUGAACCAUGUUCAGCACGACGUUGCUCUUCGUGGCCCUGCUCGUCCUCCGCGCUGUUGCCGUGCCCGAGGGCACGAAGACAGCUAAGCGGGCGACUUGCACGGUUGACUCGGUCUCAACCGCGAACGACGUUUCUGACUGCUCAACUGUGGUCAUCAAAGAAUUCACUGUGCCUGAUGGUGAUACCAUUACAAUGAGUUUCGCAGAUAGCGCGUCCGUCACCAUGACUGGUGAUGUCACCUUUGCAAGUACUACGGCAUCUGGACCUCUGAUCACUUUCGAGGGCAGUGAUGUGACCUUCAACGGUGGUGACUACACCUUCGACGGCAACGGCGCAGACUACUGGGAUGGGAAGGGUACUAACGGUGGCAAGACCAAGCCCCACCCCUUCAUGAAGAUCAAGGCGUCUGGGACUUUCGAAGAUUUUACUGUUCUCAACACUCCUGCUCAGGCGAUUUCAGUAGGGAACGAUGACACAUUGGUCAUCAGCAAGGUUACCGUCGACAACUCCGCUGGAGAUACCGAUGACCUCGGGCACAACACUGACGGUUUCGAUGUCUCGGCUUCCAACGUCAAGAUCGCUAACUGCGUCGUUAAGAACCAGGAUGACUGUAUCGCUAUCAACUCAGGCUCGAGCAUUGUGUUUGAGGACAACACUUGCUCUGGCGGCCAUGGCAUGUCGAUUGGUUCAAUUGCAUCGGGCAAGACUGUGUCAGGCGUGACAUUCGCAGGCAACACCGUCACGGACUCGAUGUACGGAAUUCGCAUCAAGGUGGACAAGGAUGCCACGAGCGGAAGCGUCAGCGACAUCACCUACUCUCAGAAUACGAUCUCUGGCAUCUCGGAGUACGGCGUCCUGAUCACGCAGUCUUACCCAGACAAUGAUGGUACUCCUGGCACGGACACCACCAUCAGCGAUGUGAACUUCGACGGCGAGGCCACCACUGUUGCCGUCGACUCUAACGCUUACCGUCUUACCAUCGAUUGCGGCAAAUGCACCGGCACCUGGGAUUUCAAAGAGCUCACCAUCUCCGGCGGGAAACAGGGCACUGUCUCUGCCAACGACGCUAAGGUGCGUCCACUCAUCUUAUAUGGCCAUUCUUUCAGCCCCCUGAACGUCCAUUCACAGAUCAACGGCGGCUCGUACUGAGCGCUGUUCUCCAGACCGAGCGGGAUGCCUGAGCCGUUCUCGAAAAGCAGUCCGGAACCGCUCACUAAUUGUCUGUCUCUCCUUCGGCGCGAGUCGUCGUGCAUGACUUGCGCAUUCGAGGU